CGAACAGCACUGAGGAGGAGAGAAAAGGGUGUAGUUAGAAACAGGCUGGUGUGAGUGUAUUUGUGUGUAUGCGUGUGUGUGUGUGUGUGUGCAGAGAGGGAGAAUCGGAGAGAGGAAGAGAGUGACGGGUGCAAGUGGGAUUCAGAGAAAACAGUUUUUGCAAAGAGGAGAAGAAAAGGAGGAGGACGUGAAGAGAGAAAAAGCUGUGUUUUUUUUAUGUUAUUAUUUUUGUCUUUUGCUGCCCGACAUGUGUUUCAGUUUGGUGAUGCUGUUCCUCUGUCUUCCCCAAACAGAGCUGGCAAGAGUUUGGGAUCAACGGCAAACAGACAACUGGUACACUGUGAUCUCACAACAACAUGAAGAGUCAACCGGAGGUGACAGUCAUCCUCACAGAGCGCAGAGGUCGUCCUCAGGCCACACCAGGAUAAGCAGGGCGGUCCUGGGUGGAGGACUAACCAUCGACACCCUGCCAGACAACAUGACACGUGUAGUGGAGGAUUCUGGCAAGUACUACACAUGGCGUAGUUUUGGCCCAGAAGACCAGCGUGCGCAGGAACUAUGGGUAGACAUGAAUGAUAUUCGACACGGCCAAGUCAGAGUCCAUGGCAUUCUGUCAAAUUCAUACAAGCAGGCUGUGAGGGUUGCCCUGUCGUUUGACUUUCCUUUUUACGGACAUUACCUGAGGCAGAUUACCAUAGCAACAGGAGGGUUCAUCUUCACAGGGGACAUUACUCACCGUAUGCUGACCGCAACACAGUACAUCGCACCUCUAAUGGCUAAUUUUGACCCCAGCUACUCCAAAGAUUCAACCGUGCAAUACCUGGAUAAUGGUGAGGUGUUUGUGGUGCAGUGGGAGCACGUCAGACUCCCAGGGAAAGAGUCAGAAGGAGCCUUUACGUUUCAGGCUGCCCUUUACAAAACAGGAACCAUCACAUUCAGCUACCGAGAUAUACCUCUGUCAUUAGAUGUGAUCAGUUCAGCUGAGCAUCCAGUGAAGGCCGGUUUGUCUGAUGCCUUCAUGGUCACAUCACCUUCUACUCAAUCACCAGAUGCCCAGCGGCGGACGAUCUAUGAGUACCAUCGGGUUGAAAUAGACACUACAAAGAUCACCAGCCUCUCUGCUGUUGAGUUCACUGCACUUCCUACAUGCCUGCAACAUGACAGCUGUGAGCUCUGCCUCUCAUCCAACCAAACCUCUGCUUGCAGCUGGUGCAAUGUACUCCAGAGGUGUUCAGAUGGCAUGGACAGACACAGACAAGAAUGGCUGGACUAUGACUGUUCAGACGAGAGCAAAGAUGCAACCUGUGAGGAUUACUUCAGGGCUGACAGCUCCACCGAUUCCUCUAUCACACCAGAGAUCGAGGAUGUGACCUCUUUGACUCCUCUUCAAAAAGGAUGUGAAAGCGACGAUGAGACCAAGCGACGUGUAUUUAAGACUGGAAAUGAUGUGAGGACAGAUUCUUCAACCAAGACUGACGGGUUGGCAAACACAGGAGUGAUAGCCGGUAUAGCAGCUGCACUUGUGUUACUUUUGGCUCUGAUACUUGUUGCUGUUUAUAUCAACUACCAUCCUACUGCUGUAUCACCACUUUACCUCAUCCAGCGACGCAAGAACUACUGGCCUUCCUGGAAGUUUCAGAAGCAACAACCUGGUUACACAGAAGUGGAAGGAGAAGGUCAUGAGAAAGACAGCAUUGUUGUAGCCGGGCCAUGUUGAAAUGGUGGCAGGAAACUUGGAUAAACAAGAUGUUUUUGCUUUACACUGAUUUCUACAAACAUUAAAGUGUAUUCUACAUUAGACUCCAAAGCCAGUUUUAACUCUUACAUUCAGUUUAUGGUGUUUUUAUCUUUCAUGACUCCUUUACAAAAUGAUGAAAUUGUUGCAACAGCUGAACGUUAUAUGAUAUGAAACGACUUCAUUAGAAAUGUAUAUCUCACCUGGAAUAAAUAGUGGUAUAGCACUAAUCUAAUUUAUCUAU